CGUACUUCUCUUUUGGUGAGAGUAUAAUAAAUCUUUACUAAGAUGCGGGGUCUCCACGCAGAUUCUGUUCGGGGUCACUUCGUGGCAGACGUUAGGGUAUAAAGGAUUAGCAGCAGCCCUUCCACACAAUCCCAGGGAAACACUGGAAACCUUUGGCCACCCUGUCUCUCACCACCCGAUUAGUUUCCAACAUGGGGUUCCAAGGAAGAUCUCUCCGCCUGGCUCAGGUGUUUCUCAUCGUCGUUCCCGCCUUCAUCCUCUUUGGUUACAAUCAAGCCGGUGUUGGUCCGCUGGCCACCCUGCAAAGCUGGGUUCAUGUUUUCCCCCAAAUUGAUACUAUCAACACUUCCGGUGCCGUCAAAUCUGAGAAUUCGACCAGUAAAGGUGCGGUAGUAGCAUCCUUCCAGAUCGGUGCUUUGAUCGGUGCCCUAUCUUGCUCGUUCCUGGGUGACUGGAUGGGCCGCCGGAAGACCGUCUUCCUGGGUGCUAUCGUCUCUACCAUCGGUCAGGUACUCCAGACAGCCGCGUACAACAUCAUCCAGUUCACCAUUGGCCGAGUCAUUCUCGGUAUCGGUAUUGGUUUGUUCAGUGCAGCCGUGCCCGUAUGGCAGUCCGAAUGCACAUCUGCCAAACACCGUGGCCAGCACGUUAUCGUCGACGGUAUCUGUAUCUGUUUGGGUUACACCCUCUGCAACUGGAUCGACUUCGGUCUCAGUAAAGUGUCCGGUGACCUGCAAUGGCGUCUCCCCCUCGCCAUCUCCUUCUUCUUCGAGCUGGUCAUCAUCUUCGGUGUCUUCUUCCUCCCCGAAUCCCCCCGCUGGCUCGUCCGCGUCAACCGCAUCGAAGAAGCCACCACCAGUCUCGCCCUCUACAAGGGUAUCCCCGAAGAUGACGAGCAGGUCCGCAUGGAGAUCGCCGGCAUCGAGUCCUCGCUCGAGGUCACCGCCAACUCCGGUGGCUCGCUGAAGGAAAUGUUCAGCAAGAACGACCAAGACCGUCUGCUGUACCGGUUCUGCCUCUGCAUGGCCCUGCAAUUCUUUCAGCAAAUGUGCGGCGGUAACCUCAUCUCCGUCUACGCCUCCACCAUCUUCGAGGAGAACCUGAACAUGGACUCCGACCUCGCGCGCAUCCUCUCCUCCUGUGCCAUGACCUGGAAGUUCCUGUGCAGCUUCAUCGCCUUCUUCGCCAUCGACCGCCUCGGCCGUCGCGCCAUCUUCAUGAUCAGCGGCGCCGGCAUGAGCAUGUGCAUGAUCGUCCUCGCCAUCACCAACAGCUUCGGCAAGAACCACUCCGCCUCCAUCGUCUCCGCCCUCUUCAUCUUCCUCUUCAACUCCUUCUACCCCUUCGGCUUCCUGGGCGGCAACUUCCUCUACUGUACCGAGGUGGCUCCCGUGCGUCUCCGUGUCGCCAUGGCCUCCAUCUCCACCGCCAACCACUGGCUCUGGAACUUCGUCGUCGUCAUGAUCACGCCGGUGGCCCUGGACACCAUCGGCUAUCAGUACUACAUAAUGUACGCCGUCAUCUCCGCCUGCAUCCCCAUCGUCGUCUACCUCUUCUACCCGGAGACCAUGAACCGCAACCUCGAAGCCAUCAACAACGUCUUCCGCGACGCGCCCUCUACCUGGCAAAUCGUCUCGAUGGCCCGCCACCUGCCGCAGGGCGAAGCAGCCGAGAUCGACGCCUACACUCGCGCCGCCGAGAAGGCAGAAAUCGAACAGCGGGAAAACGUCUGA